AUUAUCCAACCAAUCAAUCCCCUCCACUUUCUCUCCUCACUCCUUUCCCCCACGCGGUGAACUUUGCCGAUUCUCCUCUUCUCUCUCCAUCGGGGAACCGCCGGCGACGGUGUAGCCACGCGGGCCCGCUAGCGGCAAACACUUUUACCGAUUCCACUCCCUCCCCUGUUACAUGCUUCCUUUGAAUUUGAAAAAGAAACCCUAGGAAAUUCUUCCGAAAUGUCAGACCACAUACCAUUUGAAAUCCAAGCACAAAUCAUGAAGAGGCUUCCUGCCAAAAAAUUGAUUCAGUCCAAAAUGGUUUCAAAACAAUGGAAGUCGCUCAUCGAAAGCUCCCGGUUUAUGACCGCUUACAACCUCUCAAAAACCGGACCAAGUCAUCUAUUCAUAAGGUUUGUUCACUCUCUUCCUGAUUCCCUGAAACCACUUUACAACAGAAUCGAUGAUCCUAGAAUAGUCGGUAGUUCUCACGGCUUGUUUUGCCUUUACGGCGACUCAACGGCUGGUACUUUUACUGUUAUUUGGAAUCCGUCGAUUAACAAAUGUAUUGCUGUUGAUAUGGGUAUGCAUUUUGAUGGUACGAGUAAAAUUGGAUUUGGGGUUCGUCCCGACACUCUUGACCCUAUGAUUGUUAAGAUUGAUGAUGAUGAACAUACAGUUGAGGUAUUUAGAUUAAGUACGGGGGUUUGGACUAAUAGACGUAUCGAUUUGCCUCGUGAAUCAAUUGCCUUUACAAUUCAUCAGGUUGAUGUCAAUGGGUUUAUUUAUUGGAGUGUUUUUGAUAUGGUUGCGUGUCACUUAUUCAUUGUUUCAUUUGAUAUGAAAAGUGAUAAGUUUUCGGAAGUCAACCUCCCUAAGUGCUUUACAUCUACGGAUAAACAUUUUUCCAUUUCUAAGCUAAGGGAGUCACUUGUUGUGCUUGAAGACUGUGAAGAGGCCGAGACCCAGAAAAACGUUUGUGCCAUAUGGAUGAUGUUGGAGGAUGGUGCUGAAAAAUCGUUUACAAAGCUAUACACUAUUAGCACACAAGAUACAUUAUUCCGUGUACUAGGGUUUAGGAAAAGUGGCAAACCUAUCGUGGGAACAAGAAUAGUGGAUGAUGAACGUGGAAUGGGAGUGUUGCUUUCGGUUUAUGACCCACACUCCAGAAACAUCGAUGGCCUUGCAACUCACAGACUAUCUACUUACACGACAUUGUUUGUGAGCUCCUACACGGAAACUCUACUUCUUCUUGACCACCCGAACAAGCCUAUUCCAUAUCAAAGUCAAACUAUUCAUUGAGUUGUGGUUGUCAAUCAGGUGCUUUAGUUUUACUUAUCGAGUUAGACGUUUCCUUGAAAUCUUUGAUCCAUCUGUUCAUCUAACAAAAACUCAUUAGAAUUUUAGAGAUCAGUUUUUUUGUAUUCUGUUUGAUGCUUCUUUUUUCUUAUCAACGAGCUUUUAUAUGGCCUAAUUUUGU